AUGUCGGAUAUAAAGUUUUAUUUCACGCUGGUACAGCAGUCUUUUGUUUGUGGAGACAUCCAUGGUCAGUUCUUUGACUUGAUGAAACUGUUUGAAGUGGGAGGUUCUCCUGCCAACACGCGGUAUCUCUUCCUGGGGGACUACGUGGACAGAGGGUACUUCAGCAUUGAAUGUGUGCUGUACUUGUGGGCCUUGAAAAUCCUUUACCCCAAAACACUGUUUUUACUUCGUGGGAAUCAUGAAUGUAGACAUUUAACAGAGUAUUUCACAUUUAAGCAAGAAUGUAAAAUCAAAUAUUCAGAACGUGUAUACGAUGCCUGUAUGGAUGCCUUCGACUGCCUUCCUUUGGCUGCUCUGAUGAACCAACAAUUCCUGUGUGUACACGGUGGCUUGUCUCCAGAGAUCAACACCUUAGAUGACAUCAGAAAAUUAGAUCGAUUCAAGGAACCACCUGCAUACGGACCUAUGUGUGACAUCCUGUGGUCAGACCCGUUGGAGGACUUUGGAAACGAGAAGACUCAGGAACACUUUACUCACAACACAGUCAGGGGGUGCUCGUACUUCUACAGUUACCCAGCUGUAUGUGAAUUCCUACAGCACAAUAACUUGUUAUCUAUACUCCGAGCUCAUGAAGCCCAGGAUGCUGGGUAUCGCAUGUACAGGAAAAGCCAAACAACAGGCUUCCCUUCACUAAUCACAAUUUUUUCAGCACCAAACUAUCUAGAUGUAUACAAUAACAAAGCUGCAGUAUUGAAAUACGAGAACAACGUUAUGAAUAUCAGACAGUUCAACUGCUCCCCUCAUCCAUACUGGCUUCCAAACUUCAUGGAUGUGUUUACCUGGUCCUUGCCGUUCGUGGGUGAGAAAGUGACAGAGAUGCUGGUAAAUGUGCUGAACAUCUGCUCAGAUGAUGAAUUGGGGACAGAGGAAGAUGGGUUUGAUGGAGCAACAGCUGCUGCUCGGAAGGAGGUUAUAAGGAACAAGAUAAGAGCAAUAGGAAAAAUGGCUAGAGUUUUCUCAGUGUUAAGAGAAGAGAGUGAAAGUGUGCUGACGCUGAAAGGUUUGACUCCAACAGGAAUGCUGCCCAGUGGUGUGCUCUCUGGGGGAAAACAAACACUGCAAAGCGCUACUGUUGAGGCUAUUGAGGCUGAUGAAGCUAUCAAAGGAUUUUCACCCCAGCAUAAGAUCACUAGCUUCGAAGAGGCCAAAGGCUUAGAUCGAAUUAAUGAGCGAAUGCCUCCGCGCAGAGACGUGCCAUCCGAUGCCAACCUUAACUCCAUCAACAAGGCAAUCUCCACAGAGACUAAUGGCACAGACAGCAACGGCAGUAAUAGCAGCAAUAUUCAGUGACCGCUGCCCGGGAGGGGGGUUGAGCUGCAGGGCGCGAUGGGGUUUCUGCACAUCGGCAGUGGGAUGUUCUUGCCUCUGAUAAUAGCUUACUUGCUCUGGGGGCCAGGUGUUGGAUUCAGUUUACAAAAAAAUCAUCUACGAAGAGAUCGUCAACUUUAAUUUGGUGGGAGGGAGGGUGGGGGAGAGACACCUCCUUUGGAUAUGCCUUUAAAAUGCUUGUAGAAAAAACGAAAGCUCAUGCUGGUAUAUAUUGCAAAGUUAGGGGAAUGAACAUGUUUUCCUACUGCAUUGGGAACGUCUAGAUAUGUUACUGAAAGGCCUUUUAUUAUGUUACUGGACAUGAAAACUUUGUUUAAUUUCUUACUAACUAUUGUACGUUUACAGUUGCAGCACUAAACAUGGAGAACAUCGAAACAUUUUUAACAAAAUGUACAAACUAAAUAAGGACUAUUUAUUGAUAAUGUUUUGCUACUCUUGUCAGACAAUGGCUAUGAAAUAAAUUAGGCGGUCUUUAAAAAUAUAGAGAAAAAAAAGAAAAAAAAGAAUGUUGGAAAUUUGUUUAAAAUGCCAAAAAAAAAAAAAAAGAGAAAGAGAGAGAGAGUGAGAGAGCGAGCGAGAGCGACAGUUUAAUUUUGUACAGAUUAUGCUUACCUCAGGUUUCUUUAGUGUGCUUCAAUGCCCUUCUUUAAAUAUAACACUUAUCUUACUAAUUUGGCAGCAAUUAUCCUUUUCUUUGUUAAAAAAAAAACUGGAAUAAUGAUAACAUUUAUCUUUUUUUGCUGUUUAUAUUUAGGGGGUUUUGGUUUGGGGGGUUUUCUGGGUUUUUUUGGUAAAUCAAGUCUUGGUUGUGGCUUGCUGAAUUUAAAUAUUUAUGAGUGGUGCAUUUUUAAGUAUAGUGAACAAGACACCAUAUUAAGUGCAGUGAAAAGCAUCUAUAUUCUGUAAAAAUCUGCCUAUGCAUGUUUUUUAAGAAAAAAUGGCUGUAUAGGCCUGUAUGGGACUGUAAUGCGCUUAGUGGUCUGACUUAUACUGGAAAUGUAUGUAUACUGGCGUACUUUAUAUUCUCUAAAAAAAAAAAUGCUUAAUGCCUUUGAAAUUUUGUAAUCAAAAAAAAGCUUUGAAAAAUCUAAGGGGAGAGUAUUCUUAAAGUUUUUAACAUAAGCUUGUCAGUGCACAUAUAGAUGGGUAGCAUGUUUAGCAAACCUUGUGAAAUUUAAAUAAGUUUGUAGUUACAUGUGAAAUUCUAAAUGCAUGAUAACUGUUAAUGUCAUAAUGGUUUAGUCAUUUUGUUCUGUUCUGUCAUGUGCCACAAAAUGUGUAAUUUUUUCACUUUUUUCCCUUUGUAUAUCAGUUACGGGUUUCAACUGGUUCAUUCUAAAAAAGAAAAAGAAACAAAACAGUCCAUUGAUAUUUUUUAACAAUUGUAUAAGUGCCCAAGUAAUUCACUACAGCCUACAGCCUUGCCUUUGUAAUUUGACUUCGAAAUGUUGGCAAUCAAAGCAUGCACUUGUAACAAUGAAAGAAGCAUUUUAUAUUACUACUCAAUAAAAAUGUGCAUGAACUUAA